AUGGGGGGGGGGGGGUUGCACGAGUUGGUGAAGCAAGGCCAGGAGAAAGCAAACGGUGCGAUCAAGAAGGCAACGCAAACUGUUUACGAGUCCAGCUUUAAGAAGUUCGCAGAGUUAUGUCUGGCUAAUGGUUAUCCAGAUCCUCACAAGGAGCGUCACCACGAGUUACCAGCGGUACUUGUAGCUUACCUUCAGAGCAUUUCAGCGUCCAGUACGGUAUCGCUACAAACGGCGGAGAAGGCCAGAUCUGCGGUUGCAAGUUACUUCUCGUCUCACGAAAACAGCGAUGGGAGUGAUGUGAACAAGUGGAGUGUUGCGGAGGACGAUACCGGAAGCAAACGUGGAUAUGGGAACCCAGCUCGAGGUCCGUUCGUCCGACAAUUCAUGCGCGGUCUAAAAAAGAAGAAAGCCUCGGAGUAUGUUCCCGCACGAGCUAUGCCCAUAUCGCUUCAGAUGCUGGACGUGCUGCACAAAUUUAUGGUCUCUGCACAGGAUGGUUUCACUGAAGACUAUCAGAUGUAG